AUGUCCAUCUCACAGCCCAUAGUGGGGCAAUGGUCGCGCAUGAUGUGGCUGCUUCUGUUGCUCGUCACAUGCGUCUCCGCAGCAGUCGACUGUCUCCGGAACGCCGACCACAUCACCAUCAACCAAAAGUUCAUCGACGGGGGACCGGGAACCAAAGUCUUCCUCUGUCCUGAUUCCAAGCACCGGAUCUCGGGCACCAUCGUCUUCACUGCCGCGGACCAGGAGCUCGCGACGAGCGGAUACCCUACUGGCAGUCGGCGAGCGACGAUCUCGAUCGAGAACGACCGGGUUGCGACCGCGAUCCGCGGCGACUGCCGGAGAUGCGCAAGGAUUAGCAUCAAGAACGUUAUCGUCGACGGAGGCCGCGACCGCCUUGGAAGAAUACAGGAUCACAACAACGCACCGGGCCUGAUCGUCAUCGGAGGCAAUGAGGGGCAAACCAUCAGCCACUGCUGGGUCAAGGAGCCCCGAGGCUUUACGGCUAUCCACGUUCGUGAGGGAGACAAGCUCCAGUGCCGCCUCGCAGUCAUCGAGGGUAAUGAGAUCGGCCCUGUCGGCGAGGAGUACGACCCGAUCGAUGACGGACCCGACCCCGAGAUGUCGCCCCUUGGCCGCCCGCUCGCCGACGGCAUCAGCAUUGCGUGCCAAGACUCGACCGUCCGCGACAACAACAUUUACGACUGCACCGACGCCGGUAUCGUCGUAUACUGCUCCCCGGGAACCCGCGUCACCGGCAACACUGUCAGCACGCGGCGCCAGUCCGCGAUGGGUGGUAUCUUCAUGGUGGACGCGGCGCCAUUCGAGGGUGACUACUCUGGUGUUGUGGUGCAGGACAAUACGUUCGAUGCAGCCGGCCGCGCGAUGCGUGUCGGUAUCGGAUUAGGUCUCAGCAUUCUGGGCGACGACAUCGAGACAAUCCUGACCGGAGGCAAGGUCAUCCACAACCACCUCAAGGGCCGGUACAUGGGCUACGGCAUUGCUGCUGCCGGUCUCUCGCACUGGGAGAUCACGGAGAACUGGAGCGACGCCACGCACUCCGGCAAGAUGAGUGCCCGCUGCUUUGACGACGUUGUCAACCCUGACCCGGUCCCCUUCCUCUACCACGGCAAGACGGUUACGAAGAGCAAGGUCCAGCCCGGCUUCCUCGACUCCGACUUUGCCUAUGAGCUUAGCAUGCUCAAUGCCAUUGCGCGACUCGGACAGCACAUCGACUCGGUCGGAGUCCCUGUCGCUCAGACUGCGCAGAAGCGCAAGCCGGCGUACCGGCAAGGCAGCUUCGCCCCUCUCGAGGCCCGACUGGAAGCCAUCGAGUCGUCACAGUCUGAAAUGCUGUCUCACACCCGGUCGCUGCAGGAGUCGCUGAAGCGGCUGCAGGAGCAGACAUCACAAGCGACGUCGUGGGAGACGGACGUCCUGCUCAACAUUGAGCGGGAGCUGUACGGCGCCGAGAAGGAGGCGCGGGAUGCCGAGGCGGCUGCCUCCAAGCUGAAAGCAGAGGAGAGCGGGUGGCCGUGGGUGUAUCUGCUGUUGGGUGUCGGAGUGCUCGGCGCCAUCCUCGGCUACUGCCAGUGGAGACCGAAUAGAAUGCUAGAGGCGCACAACAAGGUUGUUUAG